AUGGAUUCACCAGAUAUCGAACAACGUGAUGGCAGCCCUUCAGAGAGCCCAGGCAUAAUUGACGAUGAGAAACUCUCGGUUGCAUCGUCGAAGGAUUCCCAAGAGUUAUUGAAAAUACAACAAAUGGAAAAGGCACGAGCAGAGAAAGCACAAGCAAUUCGUCAGGCAUGCGAUACCCAUGACGUGGAAGCGCUGGUCUCGUAUGCGACAAGCGAAGGUGGCUUGAUUGAGGAUGAAUUGCGACAAAAGGCUUGGCCCAUAUUCCUGCAAUGCGAUGAAAGCACACGAGUUGACGAUCUCAAACCCCUGGAGAGUUUACCCCGGCAUCGCGAUGAAGAACAGGUUGAGUUAGAUGUCAAUCGCUCAUUUGUUUACUACCCUAAUGCCCCCAAAGAUGAGCUCUCCCAAAAGAAAGAGCAACUUUCCGACCUGAUAACCCAAGUUCUCAGAAACAACCCUAUGCUAUGCUAUUUCCAAGGAUAUCAUGACAUUGUGCAAGUUCUUCUCCUCGUUCUGGGUCGUCAGAAGGCGACACCGGCAAUGGCAAAUUUGUCUCUUUUACGCAUUCGAGAUUACAUGCUUCCGUCACUCUCCCCAGCUGUGAAACAUCUGCAUCUUAUUCCUGCAAUUAUCGAGACAACUGACCCCGUAUUAUGCCAACAUCUCAACAAUAUUCAACCAUUCUUUGCUCUCGCAGCUACUCUUACCCUUUACGCCCAUGACAUUCAGGAAUACAGCGACAUCGCCAGGCUUUUCGACUUCCUCUUGGCUCGAGAACCCGUGGUCGCCAUCUACUUGUUUGCUGCAAUGAUUCUGUCCCGGAAGAAGGAACUCUUAGAAAUACCAGUGGACGAGCCCGAAAUGCUCCAUUUCACGCUUUCUAAACUUCCUUGUCCGCUCGAUCUAGAUGGCCAUAUUUCUAGCGCGGUACAGCUGUUCAAUGACCACCCACCGGACUCGUUACCCUUCAAAGCAUGGAAGCAUAUCUCUCGCUACAGUGUUCUGAAGACUUCGCGCGACCUGUCUCAUCAUCCAACAGUGGAAGAGGCGAUAGGUCUUUUCGAACGGCAGGCGCGACAAAUCCGCCAUGAAGAACGCCGGAAACGAGCUCUCGAAUUUGCCUGGAAGCAUCGCCGAACCGUGGGUUCUAUGGCUCUGGCAAUUGUCAUCGGUGCUGCCUCUAUCUACAUUCGGAAGAAGGGGCUUGACACCUCCAUCUGGUCGUAUUUGGGUCGACUCCAGACCAUGGUCCUCGGGUAG